AUGGUACCUUGGAAUGUUUUCUCGUUUCAGGUCCUGCUGUUUUCCCUACAAGGAUACAUUUGCGCAUCAUCUAUCCCGACAGAGGCAUCAGAAAGUGAGUUCCAUGAAAAGGGACAGAAAGGAGCUCUGUUAGGACCGCAGUUUGAAGCAACCUCUCCGAGAUACUUUUUCCAUGAAGCGAUUAAUUGGGGCGAGAGUAAGAUCAAAGGUUCUUGUCCUCAUGAAUGCCUUAACGGGGCUUUCUGUUCUAAGACUGGUACGUGUGACUGUCAAAUAUUCCAAGCUCUCGGGACAAGGUGCCAGAUUGUCCCAAACAUGGGAAGUGGCAGAGAUGGCAUUUGCAAAACCUGGGGACAGUAUCACUUUGAAACAUUUGAUGGGAUCUACUAUUACUUCCCAGGAAGCUGUUCUUACAUAUUUGCAAAGGACUGCGGUAAUUUGGAGCCUCAGUACACUGUGUGGGUCCACAACAGCCCAAAGUGCCUUGGUUCUGUGUAUUCUUGCUAUCGUUCCAUCAGCCUAUUCUUUUCGAACCAAGAGGAAAUUAGAAUUUAUGGUCACGAAAUAAAAAUGAAUGGAGUCAGCUUAUCUCUGCCUCAGACAGUUGGCCAGGUGUACAUCGAGAAGCUAGCCGACUACAUUCUGGUGAAAACUACCUUUGGCUUCUCUUUGGCCUGGGACGGAAUAUCGGGAGUUUACCUGAAAUUGUCCGAGGAGCACAGAGGGAAGUCAUGUGGCUUGUGUGCAAACUACAAUGGCAUUCAGUCGGAUGAUUUCGUGAUUCAGCAAGAGGACUACACAGAAGACAUUGCUACAUUUGCAAAUAGCUGGCUGGUGCAAACUCUAGAUGCCCCUAAAUGUAUACCCACUCCCUCAGACUUUCCAAAUCCAUGUUCCAGUGGAAUGCCAGCAUUUGAGGCAAUCUUCUUCAAAUGCCAGAUAUUGUUGCAGUUCCCUUUCCUGAGCUGCCACGAGCACAUCGAUCCAUACUUGUAUAUUGCCAGCUGUGUUAAUGAUCUGUGCAAAACGGAUGAUGAUGAAACUUACUGUCGGGCAGCCACCGAGUACGCGAGAGCGUGUUCUCACGCUGGCUUUCCCAUUCAAGACUGGAGGGACGACUUCCCAGCAUGCACUGAUAAAUGCGAUGACAGCUUUGUCCACCGGGACUGUAUCAGCUGUUGCCCCCCUAGCUGCACGUUUGAGAAGCAGUGUCUCGGGAGUAAUCUUCACUGCCUUGAUGGUUGCUAUUGUGCUGACGGCCUCAUAAUGGACAAUGGGACUUGCAUCUCUUUGGAAAGUUGCCCAUGUAGUUUCCAUGGGUUAGCUUAUUCAGUUGGUUCAAAAAUUGAGCAAGAGUGCACCGAGUGUGUAUGCGUUGGUGGAGUUUGGAACUGCACUGAGCAUGACUGUCCAGUUCAGUGCUCUGUUGUGGGCGACUCUCAUUUUACCACCUUUGAUGGGCGCCAUUACUCUUUCAUUGGCCUGUGCCAGUACAUCCUCGUGAAAGGAACUGGAAAAGAUAAAUUCACAAUUACUUUACAGAAAGCUCACUGUGAACAGAACUUGGGUUUGGUCUGCCUUCAGUCCAUAACUCUAAUCCUGGAGGAUGAUUUCAACAAACAAGUGACACUCAGUAGGGGAGGCCAGAUCCUCACCAGUCCCAACCAUGGCUUCACUCUGAACGGCAUUGUGGAAAUCCAAACUCUGUCCUCCUUAUUCAUUCUUCUGAGAACCACCUUUGGCUUAAAGAUCUUGUUUGCUAUUGAUGGAGAAAGAAUUUACAUACAGCUCUCCAGUGCAUGGAAAAGAAGGACCUUAGGGCUGUGUGGCACCUUUAAUGGCAACAUCAGAGAUGACUUUCUCUCUCCGUCGGGCAUGAUAGAAGGAACCCCACAGCUCCAUGCACAUGCAUGGAGAGUUUCCUCCACUUGUUUUGCUCCUGUCCACGUCCCGAUGGUGGACCCCUGUAACAUCAACCAACAGAACAUUGGGUACGCAGCCCACUGUGACGUCAUCCACCAGGAGCUUUUUGCUCCUUGCCACGUCUACGUGAGUCCAGGGCUGUACUAUCAGCUGUGCCGCCAUGACGCGUGCAAGUGUGGAAGCUCCUGCCUGUGCAACGCUCUUGCCCACUAUGCCUACCUAUGUGCCCAGCGUGGUGUGCCCAUUGAUUUCAGAUCGCAGAUCUCCUUCUGUGCCGUGGUGUGUCAGAAGGGCAUGCUGUACCAUCACUGCUCCUCAUUGUGCCUCCGCUCCUGCACCUCCCUCUCCUCCCCUGAGCAGUGCAACGACGACUGUGCGGAAGGAUGCAACUGUCCCGAAGGCAAAUUCUACGAGGACACCCUUAACUUCUGUGUGCCGAUCUAUCACUGCCGGUGCCAUUACAAGGGGAGCGUUUAUCAGCCUGGGGAGCUCAUUCCAACACCCUCAGGAUUAUGCCAGUGUUCAAAUGGGACUGUGAAGUGUGAUGAGUCAGCAACACCCUCUACUGUUCACGCCUGCCCAGAAGGGAAGGAAUACUUUGACUGCAGGUUUCCUGACCCCGAAUUACCAGCUGGUGGUAUAAAUUGUGAGACCACGUGUGCAAACCUGGCCAUGAACUUCACCUGUGCCCCAUCCUCACCCUGCAUAAGUGGCUGUGUUUGCGCUCCAGGAAUGGCGGAGCACAAGGGGAAGUGCUACGUUCCUGAAAGCUGUCCUUGCAUCUGGAAGGACUGGGAGUAUGUCUCUGGGGAAGUCAUCUCCACGCCAUGUUACACCUGUGUUUGUCGGCGGGGGAUGUUCAACUGCACAUACUAUCCAUGUCCUGCAGUGUGCACAGUAUAUGGGGAUCGGCAUUAUUAUUCCUUUGAUGGGUUGGAAUAUGACUACAUCAGUGAUUGCCAGGUUUUUUUGAUAAAGAGUACAGAUGAUUCUGAUAUCUCUGUGAUUGCCCAGAACAAGAAAUGCUUUGACAAUAAUAUUGUUUGUUCUAAAAGUGUUUUGAUAUCAAUUGGGGACACUGAAAUCUACCUCAAUGAUGCGCCUUACAAACAGAAGCGAUCAGGUUUUUUCCUGGAGAGCCAGCCUGCAUACCAGUUGUGGAAGGCUGGGCACAACAUAGUAGUGUACUUCCCAGAGGAAGAUAUCACCAUUCUGUGGGACGAGAAGACAACCAUCCACAUCAAAGUUGGGCCACAGUGGAAGAACAAACUGGCAGGAUUGUGUGGGAACUUCGACAAGUGCACUUCAAAUGAUAUGACCACAUCUAAUAACCUGGAAGUGAGAAAUGCACAGGUGUUUGGGGACAGUUGGGCCUUAGGACAGUGUGAAGAUCCUGUUGAAGCCCUGAAGCCUUGCGAGGCCCACCAAAACAAAUUUCCCUAUGCCAAGAAAGAGUGCUCCAUUCUGUACAGCGAUGUUUUCGCCCCGUGUCGCAAUGUGAUCGAUGUGACCUCUUUUGCCAAAAACUGCCACGAAGAUACGUGUAACUGCAACUUAGGUGGCGAUUGUGAAUGUCUCUGUACCAGUGUGGCCGCAUAUGCCUACAAAUGCUGCCAGGAAGGCGUGCCGGUGCACUGGAGGUCACCCACAGUUUGCGCUCUUGAUUGUGAAUAUUAUAAUGAAGGACUUGGAGAAGGACCAUAUAUGCUGGCAAGCUAUGGGCAGAGCGGCCUUGUUCUAGGUGCCAACCUGACUAGUAGAAGCAUUUUCUCUUUGCCAAGAAGUAGUAAUCGUGGUAAUUUGUUUUUUAUUUUUAUGAUCACUCCGGGCCUUUUCAAAGAGAAGACAUCUUCGUUGGCUCUGGUUUCCAUUGAAUCUGCUGAAAGGCCAAACUACUUUCUCUAUGUUCAUGACAACGACACUCUUAGCUUGUUGAUGUGGCAGGCAAACUCGGCAUUUCAUCAGAGGGCAACAUUUUUCCACCACCAAGGCCUCUGGAUUCCUGGUGCCAGUACAUUCGAAUUAUACAGCAAGAAAGGCUUCUUUAUCGUUUUCUCGGAUUCUAGUGUCAGAGUGUCAAAAUACGAAGAUUCGGAAGAGUUCAAGCAGUCAAGCAGCUUCAGCAUAGAAGAAAUCCAGGCAGUGGUACCUUACAGGAGGAUGUGUGAAUGGAGAUACGAACCUUGUGCCACUCCUUGUUUUAAAACGUGUAGCGAUCCUGAAGCCCUAGCCUGUGCUUUUCUCCCACCGGUUGAAGGAUGUUUGCCGCACUGCCCCAAGCAUAUGAUCCUGGACGAGGUGACACUUAAAUGUGUUUAUCCAGAAGACUGCAUACCACUGAUUCCCACAGAACCUGCAUUAGUGCCACCAGACAUGGUUACUCCAUCAGAUGUGACUCCAACUACAGGUUUGGAAUGUGAGCCUCAACAGUUUGAUCCUGUUUACAACUGUAGCCAGUACAUCUGCCUUAAUAUGGAAUGGACCUUUUACAACUGGUCGCUGAACUGCCCAAAGGACUUGGAAAUGCCUGAUUGCGGGUUCCGGGGAUGGCCUGUUCAAGUCAACAGUGAUAUAUGCUGUCCUGAGUGGGAGUGUCCCUGUCGGUGCUCAAUGUUGUCAGAGCUGAGCAUCAUCACAUUUGAUGGAAACAGUGCUGCCCUGUCCAGCAAGGCUUCUUACAUCCUAGUAAGAAUCCCUGGGGAAAUUGUCGUUGUUCACAUUGAAAAAUGUUCCAUGAAUCAGAAUGGAAAUGCCCUUAAAAAACCAGCUUCUUUUGGAAGGAUCUCAGGGCUUUGUUUUAAGAAGCUAAAUGUGACAACAUCUACACACCAAAUACUUAUUAAUAGAGCUGCAAGAAAGGUAGAUGUGGAUUCUAUUGUCGUGCCUUUGCCCUUUUCAAGUCAAGAACUGUUCAUAGAAGAUUCUGGCACAAUGUAUGUGAUUACUACUCCUGCUGGGUUAGUCAUAAAGUGGGCUCACCUUACAGGAAUCAUAGACAUUCACUUCGGACCCCAGUUUAACUUGUCGUCCUAUACAGAAGGACUCUGUGGAAUUUGCAAUGACGAUCCAGACGAUGACCUCAGGAUGCAGAAUGGCACCAUUAUUACCAACAUGGAAGACAUAGAAUUAUUUAUCGGAAGUUGGGAAAUUGAGAAAUCGUUUGAAGUCACAAUGAGAAGACCCGUUAGGAAUUGUACUGAACAUGAUUGCAGCCAUUGCAUUGAGUUAUUGAACAGAGACGUUUUCAUUCCGUGCCAUGACAAAGUCUCACCAAGGGACUUUUGUGAAAAGAUGUGGAUUAACUACACCUAUCUCUGGAGCUAUGAAUGUGAUGCGAUCUCUGCAUAUGUGGCUCUGUGCAACAAGUUUGAUAUCUGCGUUCGGUGGAGGACACCUGACUAUUGCCCUCUGAGCUGCCCAGAGGGAAAGGAAUACCAGCCCUGUGUGAGGCCCUGCGAGGCAAGAACGUGUCUCAAUAAAUGGUUCUAUGGGCACUCCUCAUGUCUGAAUUUGAGAGAGGACUGUGUAUGCAAGAAUGGAACCAUUCUUCACCGGCCAGAUAAAACCCUGUGCAUCCCAGAGCGAGAAUGUGUGUGCGCUGACAGCGAAGAUCAACCCCGCAGUGCUGGGGAGAUUUGGAAUGGGGGCAUUGAUGAGUGUGUGCUCUACAAAUGUCUGGAGGAUGGGAGCAUUAUUCCGAUAGAGCCUGUCUGUGAAGAAGAGCCCUCCCCCAUUUGUGAACGAGAAGCUGAAGUUGUCAUGGGCAUCGUUGAUCAGUUGACCUGUUGCUCUAGAGAAGUUUGUGGCUGCGACAUGACUUUGUGUGACACAACCAUCCCGAUAUGCACGAGUAGUCAGAAGUUGAUGGUUGGCUACAGCGCUCUUUCUUGCUGUCCACAGUAUGAAUGUGAAUGUGAUACAUUGAAAUGUCCCAGCAUUUCAACACCAGAUUGCAGAGAAGACCAGUUUAUGCUUCAGGUUCAACAAGGAGAACCCUGCUGUUUCUACCCUUUCUGUGUGUGUGAAGCAUGCACAGAACCAGCUCCACACUGCGCUGAUGGGGAAUUCCUCACAGUGGAUCUGAAUACAACACAUUUGUGUUGUCCACAGUACUCUUGUGUCUGCGAGCCAAAUCUUUGUCCUCCACCGUUACUCAACUGCGCAAAAGAUAUGGACCUGGUGGAAAAGAAUGUAUCUGGACAGUGUUGCCCAAACUGGCAUUGUGAGUGCAACUGUGAAAAUCUUGUCAUGCCAACUUGUGAAGUGGGAGAAUUUGUCACAAUAGAUCAAAACUUUCAGAGUGACUGUGGAUGUGUACAGUAUCUUUGUGAAAAAGAUGAUGUAUGUGUGUUUCAAGAAGUAUCAGUAUUGAAUCCUGGGCAAUCUCUGACAAAGUAUUUGGAAGGGGAUUUUUGUUACACAAUAGAAUGUCUGGAAGACAAAGAUAACAAUACAGGCUUUCAUACUUUUAACGCUACAAUGGUGAAUUGUUCAAAAGCCUGCGAUGUUCACCAGAUUUACACUCCAUCUCUCAGCGAUUAUGACUGCUGUGGAACCUGCAGAAACAUAUCCUGCAAAUUUCACAUGGAAAAUGGGACGUCAGUUGUAUAUGAGGAAGGGAGCUCCUGGCACUAUAACUGCACCACGUAUGAAUGUGUUAGGACAGAUGAGGGAGCGACGAUUCUACACUACAGCAUGGUUUGCCCUCCUUUUAAUGAGACUGAAUGCAAACUGAAUGAAGGGAUUGUAAAGCUUUAUAAUGAAGGCUGUUGCAAGAUCUGCAAACGAGAAGAAAGGACAUGCCAGAAAGUGAUCAUUAAAUCCAUCAUCAAGAAACAGGAUUGCUUAAGCCAGAGCUCUGUGAGUGUGGCAUCUUGUGAUGGGAAGUGCCCGUCGGCUACCAUCUAUAACAUCAACGUGGAAAGCCACCUGAGGUUCUGCAAGUGCUGCCGGGAAAACGGAGUGCGGAACAUCACCGUGCCUCUGCACUGCUCGGGGAACGGCACAGAAGUCUUGUACACGCUGCAGGAACCUGUAGACUGUACGUGCCAGUGGAGCUGAGCGCGUACAUCGGAGGAACCUACACAGCAGUGCCGUGCCAGGCAACAUCAGCUCAUGGCGCUUACGCAGGCACAUGACGGACAUACACUAUGUAACGACAGCAUAUUCUUAACACUACUGGAAUUGGACAACCUAAGAGUUGGUACAAACUGCGUAUGGUUUCCAUAGAAAAUUUCGUUUUAUAGCUUUAUGUCAGCGAAUAAAAUUACCUUAAGUUGUUUAGCUGAAAUGCUGUUGUAUUUAUUACUGCAGUUUUGGUCGAAUUUAAAUAUUCUUAUAAAGUAGAAGACUGUGUUGCUGAAUUCCUUUUAUUUCAGUACCUAGUUCUCUGUUUUUGUUUUGAUUUGUAGUUUGCCAUGGCUGUUUAAAUUGAGGUAGACUUUAAUUUCUACUGCGUACUCUGGCCAAUGUGAUCGGUUAAAAUUGGCUGAUAGAUAACCAUAGAAUUGUGUGCUUAGAAACAGAACACAGAACUGUAGGCUGUUAGUUUAGUUAAUACUUCACCAAAUCUUAGGAAUGUUACUGCAGACCCUUCUCAGUUUUUCAGGUGAGACCUUACCAAAACACUUCUGUGACUUCUAAAAACACACGUAGCAACAAUGUGGUAAGCUUAGGUUAAAUACUAGACUACUUUCUAGGUUUUUUUGAUUCUGGUUUUAUGCUCUUUUAUUAUAAAUGAUACAGCAAGAUGACGAAACGUCACAUAAUCUUCCAUUAUUAAAUAGCACUGGACAGGAUUAAAAAGCUUAAAUCCAAUAUCCAUUUAGAAUGCCACACCUGCUAUAAUAGUUAUUUCAAUAAUAAGGAACCGGAGAACAUAGCGUCAGUCACUACAUAGAGGAAGACUUGGAGCUAUAUUUUUUAUACCAUUAAAAUUAUUAAUUAUAUUGUUCUUAUUUAACGUUUAGCUCCUUUAUUUAUAGCUGGGGACUAUUUCUUAAUAUAUCUGUACUCUAUGAAACCUGAGACCUAUCAUUGCCAUUAAAGCUGCUGCUUUGUCCGUGAAGAGUGAUGUAAAAUUAUCUGAAUGUAUUCAUAACGUUAGAAUGCAAUGCUGUUCUUUGAAACGACUGUGAAUCGUUGACAUUUGCAAAUAUUCUGCUCGGAGAUCUUUGCAAACUCCCAAAUUCUUCCUGGCACAGAGUAUAUAAUUAUUUGAGUUUCUUCCUGAGUCAAAAGAGAAUGCCUCAGUGUGAUUCUGAAUGCCAAUGAAGUUCAAUGUCAAUAAACGGACAUUAAAGUUUCAUUGAAAAGCCAGUGCUUGGGGCUUAAUAAACUAGGGUCGACUUGAGCUGAGUGACUUGCUUUCAGACAUUAACGUUUCCAUUUAAAAAUUAUGCUUCCAAGAAAUGCUGUGAUUAUGAAGUGUUUGGAUCGCCAGGCUUGCUAAGAAAUGGGUGAGUGUUAUCUGGAAAGUCCCAAUGUCUACUGUAUAUGAAAAAUGAUUUAACUUGUUUGUUUUAAUAUCAGUGUUUUCUUUAGAUAUAAACAUUUCUGUAUCUGUGAUUAUUAGCAUAAAGAUUGAAUUAAAUGUCUUUGUUUAAAUAUAUUAAAAUUUUACAUAAAAUGUCAUAGAUGUCAAGCAGAAGUAUGUAAUAUAUGUCAUCUACCACUUUGUUUUAAAUUUCACUCUCUAUUAUUAAAUAGAGUGAGAAAAGAAAUAUUCCCCUUGUAUUUUAUCAAUGACAAAUAAAAUAAGCACAUGUCAAAGCUCUAUGAUGUAUUUGGUGCUGUUCUAAACAAUAAGAACAGAGGCAAAACAAGACAUAUAUGCUCUUUGUUUCUGUACAACUUAAAGUUUAAAAGGAAUUCAGUAUUUAACUAGUUACACAGAUGAGGAAAUCUAGAUGGAGACCUAAAACUUACAGGAUGUAGUGUUGGCUGUCCUUCAAGUCAGCAGAAAUGUAAAGAUGAACUUUUUUUUUAAAAAAAAAUGAUUUUUUUGAGCUAUCCAUUUUUCUUUGCUCUUCUCCC